AGAGCGACUUCUUGCAGAUCCACUUCGACUUGUUGUGAGUUGUUCGUUAGUCGCGCGAAAGCCACCGCUGGCACAUGUACGCGAUCCCUCGUGUUAUCGUAUCCAUGGAUAAUAGGUGACAAGUCUUUCAUUUCUGGAUAAAAAGCAUCUUCGACGACUCGGAUGAACAAGAUGGAACUGCAUACGAAAUCAUUAAGACCUUCACCAGAGAAAAACUCGAAGGGUAUUGAAACAAUCUUCAAGACUGAAGCAACAUCUGGAAAUGGAACUACGUAUGGUGCCUUCCAAUCGAAGGAUCCGAUACUUCUGAUGGAAAAGGGGACUGAUGAAAAGCAAUUAGAGGAUGUCCACGGGACUGGCUCACAUCAUCCAACCUCGUACGUGGAGACGUUAAUGCAUCUCUUCAAAGGUAACGUCGGAUCAGGAAUCUUUGCACUGGGCGAUGCGUUCAAAAAUGCUGGAUUAUUGCUUGCACCACCACUCACAAUCUUUCUGGGAGUCAUCUGCGUUCACGCGCAACAUAUUCUUUUGAGGUGCAAUGAUGAAGUUAAAAGAAGAGUGGGAGAUUGCCUUCAAACGAAACCCGGCUUCGCUGGGACAGUGGAACUAUGUUUUGCAACAGGCCCUAUACCAUUAAGGAAAUAUUCAGUAUUCAUGAGAAAAUUAGUUAAUGUCUUUCUAUGUGUUACGCAACUCGGAUUUUGCUGUGUCUAUUUUGUCUUUAUUUCAACAAAUAUGAAGCAGGUGCUGGAUGUCUACGGUUGGGAGAUGAGUGUUCAACUGCAUAUGGCUAUUGUUCUAGUGCCAAUAGUUCUGAGCACUUGGAUUCGAAAUUUAAAAUACCUGGUGCCAAUCUCGUCGAUAGCAAACUUUUUGGUUCUUGCUGGUUACAUGGCUACUAUGUAUAUUAUGUCCCACAAUCUCCCACCAAUCAGUGAAAGAAGAUAUGUAGCAGACUGGAAAAACAUUCCUCUGUUUUUUGGCACUGUUAUUUACUCUUUCGAAGGAAUAACUUUGGUACUGCCUCUCAAAAAUGAAAUGAAAAAACCCACCAAUUUCAACAAGCCAUUGGGAGUUCUGAACGUGGGGAUGGUUUUCGUUGGCAUGAUGUUCGUGGCAAUGGGGUUUUUAGGAUAUCUGAGAUAUGGUGAUGAAGUGAGGGGUUCAGUUACUCUUAAUCUGGCAUCAAAUGAAGCGUCUCAAGGUGUGAAAGAUAAUUUCAUCUACACAAGUUUACCACAGUGCAUAAAGCUAGCAAUCUCACUAAGUAUUUUAUUGACUUACGCCCUGCAAUUCUACGUGCCAGUUGCGAUAAUCUGGCCACAAAUUGUUCAACAAUACGGACCCUUUCAGUAUCCAGUCACUGCAGAAAUCAUUUUUCGUUCAAGUGUCUGUUUCCUAACUUUCAUCCUCGCAGAAGCAAUUCCACACUUGGGUCUUUUCAUAUCGCUCGUUGGCGCAGUAAGCAGCACGGCCCUGGCUCUUCUUUUCCCGCCAAUCAUAGAAAUGGUCGUCUGCUGGCAGAGCCCAAAACUGGAUAAAGUCACAAUAACAAAGGACAUAUUUAUAUUAUUAAUCGGCCUCUUAGGGUUUGCCACCGGAACAUACGAAAGUAUUACCGCCAUUGUCAAUCAAUUUAGCAUUGACAAAUAACAAAGAAACAACUCUAUCAUCCCGUACGGAAAGCGAAAAUUUACCAAAUUCGACAUUAUUAUAGCAAAUUGUUUUCUCUUUACGAAUUAGUUUAAUAGCAAGUUUUAAUAGAUCGCAUGCAGCUCUUCUUUUUGCCACAUUACAUUGGUAAAAUGUAGUACAUCUUUGGCUGAAAGGUUUGAAAAACUUUUUCAAACGUAAGUUGAGCUGUCUGCGUGUAAACUAAAUAUGUACAUAGAAUUACUAGGCUUAAUUAGUAUUAUCUCCACAUAAUAUAGUUCAUAUAUACUUUAGAGAAUUGCGAAAGCAGUGGAAUCGUCAAGCAUCUAAAUCAAAUUCAAACAGCAUUUUACUAUACUUCAGAAACUUCCGAAUACUAAAUUUAUUUUCUUAAUCACAGAGAGUAGGAUCGACGAAUGAAGAGUUCUUUUAUCUUUUAUAUUCAUUUAAUUUAUAUACGCGAAAUUAUGCAUUGAAGCAAGAUCACAAGAAGUAGCAAAGUUCUCAAAGACUUGGCGGCAAUAUAAAAAUAUGCAAAAAGUACAAAAUUUGGUUUAUAAUGGCCAUACAUAUUAGGUAAUAAUGAAAAGGAUUUGGAUUUACUCGGCAGGAGUAAGUGCGACCAUCGAGAAACGCAAUUGCUCUGGAUCGCGUUUCAUAUAUUCCUGACAAACACGAGCGGCAUCUUCCAGGAACGUAGCGGCGGUGGAAACUCCAUGAUUGAUUGGAGCAUCUUUCCGUCCGUCUACAAUUUGAAAGAGAAUUAAACUUGUAAUUAGUUUUGAUAAUUCGGCCACAAAGUUCAACAUUUUUUACUCUAAUAAAAAGAACCUACCUAACUCAUA